AUGUCAGAGAAAACAAAGGAGAACCGCUUGACAAAAGAGUUGAUGCGUGGCAAGCACUUCAUAUCAAAGUGUGAGUUCCCUACAAAGGAUGAGUACAUGCUUUUGUUGAGGCAGCAUGUCAUAGGAAUAGGGUUCUUAGGUGUGUUGGGGUACAUCGUUAGAUUCGUGCAUAUUUUGAUAAACAACGUUAUUGUUGGUAAGUAA